AUGACAGAUAUUGAGUUUGGCCAACCUCUUCCCAGCGAUCUAAAGUAUGCGGUUUCAUUUGGUAUUCCCACAUGGGAUUCAGCGAUAGGAUACGCGGAAAAGGACCCUAAGGUAAUAAGCAGAAUGGCUACAGGAUACCCGAGAUACUUUCCACAGCCUCCUAUCCAAAAACUUUGCAAAUACUUUAUUAACAAAUUUGGACAACCUUCAGAGGAUUGCCGCCCUUUUCCCUCUUUGAAUAUAGCCUCGAAAUGUUUAGAAUUUGUGAAGUCAGUUGUCGGACCCGAAAGUAGAGCUCAUCUUGAAGUGGAGACAAUUUCAUUUGAAGUAGGUGCGAAGAAUAAGCCCAAUGAAGAUGGUAAGUUCACUGUGGCAAUCGCAGCUAUCUUAGCCUCAGGUGAGGAGUUCACACUUGUUAGAGAGUAUUGGAAAUUAAGAGGUGAAUGUGUAUCCAGCCGACUAGCAUCCUCUCUUAACCAGUUACUUGACGCCACUAACUUGACAUCAAGUGAGACACGGCAUGAGGUUGAGGCCAGAAUCUUUCUAGCCGAGAAGGAAGGAGACGACGCAAAGAGUCUAUUAAAGAGAAGAAUAGCUGAGAACCAUUUCAACCCAUUUGACUUAAGAAAAGAAGGCGCCGAUCCAAAAGAGGUAGAUGUCAACCCGCAAAAAGAUAUUCAUCUCGUAUCAAGUGGAAUGUCAGCAAUUUUUACAACUCGUAAGUUGCUUACAUUUUGGGAAGAAAAGAGAGCUUUUGAGUACGCCCUGAACAAGGACAGAUCGAAAAAAGAAAUUUUACCGUGUAAUACAGCUGCCAUCUUUGGCUUUCCGUUCAAAGAUACACAAGUGAUCAUGGACACAUUUGGAAAAUGUCAGUUCUUUGGAUUUGGAGACUCCAGAGAUAUCACUGAGUUACAAAGCUUCUUAGAGACGAGCAAGCAACGUAUCCUUGCUGUUUUCGUUGAGACCCCCUCAAAUCCAUUACUAAAUAUGCCGGAUUUGAAAGAAUUAAGAAGACUGGCGGAUGCAUAUGGAUUCUUUAUUGUAGUCGAUGAUACUAUAGGGGGGCUCAACGUUGAUAUAUUACCUUACGCAGAUGUGGUCUGCACCUCGCUUACUAAACUUUUCAAUGGCUCUAGUAAUGCUAUGGGUGGCUCGAUUAUUUUAAACCCAAAGUCUUCUCUGUACUCAAGUGCCCAUGAGUACUUUGAAAGUAAUGAAUUUGAGGACCUGCUAUGGUGUGAGGAUGCGGUAGUCCUUGAACAAAAUUCUAGAGACUUCCAAGAGAGGACACUACGCGCUAAUAAAAACACAGAAAAACUUUUGAAUGAGGUACUCUUUCCUGAGGAAGGGAAAAUAUGCAAGAAAAUAUAUUAUCCUACUGUGAGCUCCAAGGAGACUUUCCAGAAUUAUGAAUCUGUCCGGAAUAAGCAUGGCGGUUACGGGUGCUUGUUUUCUAUGGCAUUCUACAACGAAGGCGAAGCCAAAGCUUUUUAUGAUUCUUUGAGAGUGUUUAAGGGACCUUCUAACGGAACUAAUUUUACAUUAGCAUGUCCAUAUGUUCAUUUGGCGCACCAUUCAGAAUUAGAAGAGGUCUCCAAAUUCGGAGCAGACCCAAACUUAAUUAGGGUGAGUGUGGGUUUAGAAGAUACUCAGUGGCUGCUGGACGUUUUUUCAAGCGCGAUAGAUGUUGUUAGACGCUCCAGAGAUUUAUGA